UCUGAAAUGAUUACCAAAAUGUAGUCAAUCAACGCGUUAAUUACCUCAGAUAAUAGUUACUUUUUUGUGUGCAUGCGUGGGAUAAGAAAACUUAACUCCAUCCCCGGUGACUGCAGAGUGGCCAUUCCAGCCGCUCCAGGCUCCAGCAGAGGAGGAGCGGGGCGGGUCCAGUUGGGGGCCAACAGGCCUGGCGCGCGCGCAUUCCGGAGCCCACCCAGACCAUGUUCCGCAGCCUGGGCGCCCAAGCUGCAGUCCACUCUGUGUGCAGGCAGCAGCCGCCUGGCAACUCCCGAGCCUGCUCGCGCUCCCAGCAUCGCAGAACCAGGGCCAGGUGUACCGGGGGCCGCGGCCAAGCCAGGCAUUCUGCCCGGCGGCGGCGGCUGCACAGGGGCGAGAACUGAGAACCUGGCGCUCAACCCCAUCGGGGUGACUGCCUAGUGCCCAUGCCAGCAGCCCCGAACUCCCUGCGGUGGA